UUGGCGUAUUUUUCCGAGUGGAAAAUUACCAAUUUAAAUCCGUAGUAUACAGCAUAUGUACUUAUGUUACAAAUUUGAAUAGCCCAUUAUCUGAAAAAUGGAGGAAAUUCGCUGACGGAUGCCUGGAAUAAUUUUUUAAGCUGCGAGGCAAAGAUAAUACCAAUAAUUAUCUUUAUGCGAGGGGAAUUUUCCCUCCCAAAAAACGCGCCCAUAGAUGGCGCAGAGGAGCGCACAAGUCCACGUGAUCGCCACCUAAAAGCGCCGAGAUUCGUAAUGGCGGAUUUCAUUAUUAGUUGUUUAUGUGUAUUUCUGUGUAAUAAUGUGAUAUGAGUAAAUUUUAUUAUUUAAGUAAUUGUUUAACAAUGUGAUUAUGUCUAAUGGUAAUGUAGGAGCAGUGAUGAAAUCAAAUUCUGAAGGCGAGCUGUUAAAAUCGCACGAGAUGACUGUGAAUUCGGAUAGAACAAAUGUUCAAUCGGCGGAACCUUCCAAAUUAAAACGUACAUUUACCUUGCCGAGGAACCCGUUUAACGCGACCAGAGUGUCGAAACGAAGAGCGAAACCUAGAGAGGAGACUGAAAACAAACCACCUACUUACAAUGAAUCGGAACGUAACAAUAAGAAAGUAUUUCGUAGGCCUUCAUUUAGGAAAUUCAUUAACAAAAUCGCCCAGCACAUCGGCGGCGUGCCCGUCAUGAACUCGAGCCUCGACAGCAGGGUCCCGCCGGUACACUUGCAAACGUGGGCGACCGAUCAGACUCCCGGCGUUACCGGCUUGAGAAAUCACGGCAAUACGUGCUUUAUCAACGCCAUCCUACAGUGCAUAUCGCACACGGACAUACUUGCCGAGUACUUCGUCCUAGAUCAGUACAAGAUAGAUUUGUCGCGACGAAAUAAGCUCAAUUCGAAAAAGUACGGGACCAAGGGAGAGGUUACCGAGCAGCUAGCGUUGAUACUCAAGGCGCUCUGGGCGUGCCAGUACAGCCCCGAGCUUAGUACAACUUUUAAGCAGGUCGUCGAGAGGCACGGGUCGCAAUACAAAGGCACGCAGCAGCAUGACGCACUCGAAUUUUUGCAGUGGCUCCUAGAUAAAGUUCACGAGGAUUUAAAUACGGCGUCCAAGAAGAAGUAUAAAUCGAUUAAGACCUCUGGCCGCUCUGACGAAGUAAUAGCCGCGGAGACCUUAGCGAAUCACAUACGAUGUAAUAAUUCCUUCAUCCAGGCCGUCUUUCAAGCUCAAUAUCGGUCGUCGUUAAGCUGCUCUCGAUGUUGUACGCAAUCGAACACGUUCGAUCCUUUCCAAUGCAUCUCUGUACAGUUACCACAAAUCCAUCGCCAUUCGAUCUAUGUCACUGUUCUAUACACGUCACAACAACCGAGGCAAGUGAAAAUUGGCGUCAACCUGCCAUCGGGAGCUACGGUUACGGAGCUUCGCGAUUGUCUACAGUCGGACACGUCGAUAGCACGCGCGAACAUGCUUCUAACCGAAAUAAGCGAGAGCGGUUUCUUGCGGACGUUCACGGACACACAGGGUAUUGGGGUUAUUACCGAAAUCGAUCCGAUUUACUGUAUCGAAGUGGCCCAGCUGAAGGAUGUCGAAGAAGAUAGUACCAGCGCCUACGUUUUGCUCUGCUGGAUCAACGUCGUAGUGAAAGAUGGCAGUUGUACACGGUUUGGGAGUCCAUACACGAUGCAAGUGUCACGAGAAACCUCCUACGAAGAUUUGCAAAAGCUAAUGCUGAAAGAGAUGGCGGUGAUUUUACACGACGAUAUUCUCACGUCCGAGCAGCCUCCCGGUGUAUUCAAAAUACGCAUCUCGGAUCCCGCCUGUGACGAUAACGAACCUCCGUGCUAUCUCGAUCCCAAGCUACAGCAUCCUUUAUUUAUGGAGGAUAUCGACCAAGCUCUCGCCCUGUGCAGCGAAGAGGGGGGUCCUCCGCACGUUAAAUUUAUGCUGGAGUGGACUCCCGAGAAUAAAAAUACGAUUAUCGCCGACGAUAGCGACGUCAUCGAGGAGCACUCCAGCGUUAAGCAACUGAAAGCCCAAGCUUUACAAGGAGGUGUUCCAUUAACUUUAGAAGAGUGCCUACGCCAUUACACCAAAGCAGAAACACUAACAUUGGACGAUGCUUGGAGAUGUCCACAGUGCCAGCAGUACCUUCCCGUCAUAAAAACAUUGGACGUCUGGUCGCUGCCCGACAUUCUAGUCGUCCACUUUAAACGUUUCAGACAGCAAACGUUAAAAGGUCGCCACAGCACGAAGCUAACAACAAUGGUGGACUUUCCCGUUUUCGGAUUCGACAUGUCCCCCCACCUGGCAAAUAAGAAAAACGGGAAUAUGGGUAACGACCUAACCGAAAAUCAAAACACCGUAAUUUUGGGUGGGGUGGGCUGGUCACCGUGGAAACGACAACGCAAACAGUCGCAAGUUUUGGAUAACACGUACGAUUUGUACGGCGUCUGCUACCACCACGGGACUGAUAUAGAGACGGGACAUUACACGGCAGCUUGCAAAAAUCCCUACGAUAACCAAUGGUACUUGUACGACGACACGAAAGUAACGAACUUGAGCCAACAGACCAACGACAUCAGCUCUGUACUCGUCAACAACAGCGCCUACAUUCUCUUCUAUCAAAAGCGCAGUGGCGUAUACGUCAGCUCCAGCUCAAAUUCGAGCAGCGCCGCCAGUACGAGCUCGAUCGGUUCAAUGGGCGACCACUGGAUUUCGCGAAUGCCCAAAUUUACCUACACAGCGCCGAAAAUCUCGAAAAUGGAUCCAAAAAUCGAUACGGUCAAUGAAGAUACAAAGGCAAAGGCCGAAACGAACGACACUUCCCUUCAAGUGAACGCGAAAAAUUACCGAAACAGUCAAGAAUCGGUCGCCUUGCGCGGCUCUCAGACCGACAAUUCGAUAUGUAGAAAAUCGUGCGAAAAUAAGGCGACCGAAACAGAAAGGAACGUCGCCGCCGAACCUAAAAAACCGAUAUACACAACGAGCAUUUAUAUAAAUUCAUCCGGAAAUGUUGAUAUUACAACGAGCUGUGAUAAUCCGUCGCCUGUAUUAAGCCCACAUCGAGUAACAGGGAUAUCCGAAAAUGACGUUCACAUAGAGUUGGACGAGCGAGGCGGUUUUUAUAAGGGUGAUAGGGGUUACGGUACGUUAGCGGCGGUGCAUAGGUUCUCGCAGAAUGAUGAACACGAGAAAUGUUAUCAUUCUGACGAUGAGGCUUUACCAAUAGGCGCUAAUUGGAAAUCUGAAUCUCCCAAAAAUGAGAAUCAAUCUCAUUCUUUAAUGGAAGUAUUUAUAAGUGAUUAUAAAUGAAGUAGCUGUACAUCUAUGUAAAUAUUAAGUAUAUAUAAACACAGAUAAAGUGACAAAAAAUAUAAAUUAGUAAGCACAGACGCCUUGUAUUUCAGUUAUGAUUUUUUGUUUUCAGUCUUUGUUUAACUAGUGUGUAUCUUUAUAUGUUGUUCUCUUUACAAAUGUGUGCAUUGUAUGUUAAACGUUUAUAUUGUUCAUUCCAUAAACAAAUUAAUUUUUAAUAAGCUA